CCAUCGUCACCCUCCCCUCCACCCCCCUCAACCCAAGACCUCCCCCACCGCCGACGACAAGCCACACGGCGAGCAGCAGCUACCGCAGAUCUCGUCCUCCCACCCAACACCUCCUCCACCCUCUCCACAACUGCCUCCGAAGCCCCUCCCAACUCCCUGCGAAGACUAAUCCCCGUCCUCCUCUCGCUCUCCAAACCCCGCCUCUCCAUCCUCGUCGUCCUGACCGCCUGCGCCUCAUACUCCCUCUACCCAGUCCCCGAACUCCUCUCCGCAACCGCCACGCCUUCCCUCUCCCCACUCACGCUCCUCUUCCUCACCACGGGCACAACCCUCUGCGCCGCGUCCGCAAACGCAUUCAACAUGCUCUACGAGCCGAAAUGGGAUGCUAUGAUGUCUCGAACACGGAACCGGCCGUUAGUCCGCGGCCUGAUCUCUACACGCGGGGCGGCGGUAUUUGCUAUCCUAGCAGGGUUGGCCGGAACCGCCGCUCUUUAUUACGGCGUCAAUCCUACAGUUUCGUUCCUAGGGGCAUUGAAUAUCGUGCUCUAUGCAGGGGCUUAUACACCGCUAAAGCGCGUCUCGGUGGUUAAUACCUGGAUCGGGGCUAUCGUUGGCGGUAUCCCGCCUUUGAUGGGCUGGGCUGCAGCAGCGGGACAGAGCGCCACACAUGGAGAUUGGAAAGAGCUGCUCCUGGGAGAGCAGAACUUCGGGGGCUGGUUACUCGCAGGUUUACUAUUUGCGUGGCAAUUCCCGCACUUCAUGUCCCUGAGCUGGCCGAUUAGAGAGGAGUACAAGAAUGCGGGGUACAAGAUGUUAUGUUGGGUGAACCCUGCACGGAACGGGCGAGUAGCGCUGCGAUACAGUCUGCUGUUCUUCCCGAUUUGUAUCGGGCUUUGCUAUACGGGAAUCACAGAGUGGAGCUUUACGGUGGCGAGUGCGCCUGUUAAUAUUUGGUUGGUCAAGGAAGCGGUAAGGUUUUGGAAAUUGGAAGGGCAUAAGGGGAGUGCAAGGGGGCUGUUCUGGGCUAGUGUAUGGCAUCUGCCCGUGGUUAUGAUUUUGGCGAUGGUAGAGAAGAAGGGCAUGUGGCAGCGUGUGUGGAGGGCUGCUAUAGGCCAACCUGACUUGGAUGGGGAUGAGGAGGAUUGGUUAGAGGAGGAUGAAGAGGAG